AUGUUGACUCUUCUGGUGCUGUACAUCUUUCUUCUUAUUAUGCUCGCCAAUUCCCAAGAAAUCUUCCAGAAAUCCAGAGAAGGUCUGAUAGAGUGAGAAAAUGAUUUUGUAAUUUCACCUUCAUCUGAAACUUAUUUACUUCACUUUUCCUAUUUAGCGACAAUUAAUGCUCUAGAUUUUUCUAAAAAAUAACAAAUUUUAUUUUUUCUUUAAGUAUCAUUAUUAUAGUAGUAAGGAGUGCGUGUAUUUAAUAGGAGUUAUUAUUUAGCUUAUAAAUUUAGAGAAAAUAUUAAUUAUAAUAUUUCUGAUCAGAAUUUGUUCUGCUCAAAAAUUAAAUUAUUGAAAACUUCUACGUAGAAAAGCUUUAAAAAGUUGAAUUUUUCAGCCAAAAAUAGGUUUAAUAUUAGGGAAGUUAGAAAAUUCAUUGAAUUCAACAUCUCAACCAGCAGUUAUGGACCGAGUUCUUUUGAGUUGUUUCAAAGGCUGCUCGACCUGCUCGACUUCUUCCUUUGAUGGUUGCUUAUCAUGCAAUUCUGGCUAUUACUUAAUUGGAGGGAUGUGUUUGACCUCUUGCCCGACAGGCUGGCCACCAUCUUCAGGGAGUUGCAUUCAAGCCUCAAAUAACAUUUUUGACUUCACCUUUAAUCAAAUUCAAGGAUACUUUGACUUUCCAAAUUAUGAUCUCUAUAUGAUUUGUGGAAGCAACCCUAUUAAAUUUUACCCAGAUUAUGAUAACGAUGACCCAUAUCCCGCUAUUGCUAGUGGCUAUUACUUUAAUCCUAUAUCAUCCUAUAUGCAGAUGCCUCCAAACAGUUGAUCAAAAGAUGAUUUUAUACUGAAUUCCAAUCAUACUUUAUUAAUAUGGCUAUGGAGAAAUAGCCAAACCAGCUUUGAUGUUGACUAUGUACUUCAAAAAAUGGCGCGUGACGGCUCUGAACAAUAUCAUUUAACAAUAAGUCCAACCUCUCUUGAGUAUGCAUUUAUGAUUUAUGGAAAAUCAGGAUCUUCAUAUACCAAUAGCCUUAUAAAGCUCAGUUUUGACAUUUCAGACCCAACAGCCCAAUGGCAAGCCUAUGCAAUAACUUUUGGUUACUAUACUGGGACUUACACCGCGAGCUAUUUUGAAAAUAACAUAAAAAAGGACAUUAAGUCUUCAAGCAACCCUGGGUGAAGCUUUCAGUGAUUUCCAGAAACUCAAUUUUUAGUUGGCUACGUCUCUGAUUCUAUGCUAGGACUAGACGGCUGAAUCGGAGAAAUCUCAAUAUAUUCAAGUAUCCUUUCAUGAGGCGAUAUUUCGGCCACUUAUGGCACUUCUUGUAGCACUUGUGGUUCGCUAAAUCUAUGUCCAGUCUCGACAAGUGCUUGUUUUUCUACAUGUGGGCUUAGCAGCUAUCAAACAGGGAGCAUUUGUGGGGAUUGUUCAGCAUCAUGCACACAGCCUUGUGCCUAUGCCGAUAGAUGUACCUUGUGUGGUUCUGAAUGUGCAAGUUAUUGCAGCGGAUACACCAAUUCAGAUUGUCAAUAUUUUAGUUGCACUGGCUGUUUAACGUGCUCAGGGCCUGAAUUUUAUAAAUGCUUAUCCUGUGAAACGAAAUAUCUGCUAAAAGGACUUUGUGUAGACAAAUGCCCAGGGAAAAAUUCUAAUCAACCUUCAACAGGAGGAGCAGAAUGCGAUUCAAGUCCUGGCUAUGAUCUUAUUUUACAGUCAAUUGGAUAUACCUUACCUGAUUCCACUGGUAAUUAUCUUUUCGUUCCAAGCCAAACAUCUGGUCCUGGUUAUGACCCUAUUCCAGUGUAUAAGCGAGGAUUUUAUUUCAAUGGUGCUACUAGCUACAUAUAUACGUCUUUGUCAGGCCGGCUUAGAUUCGAUAUUGAGCAUACCCAGUCUUUCUGACUCAAAACUCAGAGUUCUGAUACCCAAACACUUCUCUGCAAACAAGAUUUUGCUACAACUAGCGUAAAUUUGCAUUUGCAGUUAGUUAAUUUGCAGUUAUAUACUCGCAUUCAACUUUCUGAUCAGACAAAUACUGCUUUAGUCGAGAAUACAUUGUCAUCUGUAACUAUAUAGCCUAGAAGUGCCUUUAGCCUGCUUUGAUUGAGAUAUUUCUUUUCAAUUUUUUAGAUAUUCUAAUCCCAAGGCUAAAUUAUCUAAAGUCGUCUAUGAGCUAUAACUCAAGACACAUGACAGUUUUUAGUCGUUAUUUUCAGAUUUAUUAAGGGCUCUACAUAUUGGCAAGCUUGCAUUUUUAGCGCCUGCUCAGGUUUCACAAAAAUAGGUGAUGGCUAUUUUUAUGAUAUAAUAGGUUUUGCUUAUUAUGGAGUGACUUUUCUUGGAAAUGUAAAAAGCGAUUAUUUUAAUGGCUUUAUUUAUGAAAUGACUUAUGACACAGGGGCAUGAAGCACUUAUGCUGUCUCUCAAAAGUAUCAAACAACCUGCAAUGGAGGGUGCAACACAUGUCCAAAGGGUGGCCAAUGCUUGGUAGAUUGUGCAUGAAAUGAAUAUUAUGACGAUAAUGCAGUCAGCUGUAUGGCUUGCUUAAGCUCUUGCCAAAAUGGAUGCACUAAUGGCGACAAUUGCAACUUAUGUACCAUUACUGGAUGUCAGACAUGCUCGAAAUUUACUACUUGCGAUGAGUGCUAUGGUGGAAUAUGUAUUAAAAUUGCGUGGUGAGCUUUAAUUCCUCCUAAAAUCUGUAGCCGAAGAGCCGAAGUAGGGCUGGAGACUUAAAGAGAAAAUGGUGUCGAGAAGUGUGUAUCAGGCCGAGUUUUACCGGCCAGGUGCAUGCCAUAUAAUCAGGAUAUUUUGAUAGUACGAUAUUUGCUUGGGGAAAUUUGGUGAAGCAACAAAGGCUGAGCUAUACCCUGCCAUAGAAGAGCUUGGUCACAUGCCAUGUGCCAACUCAGAUUGCUUUCCAGAAAAUUAGAAAUAUUGAGACUUCCAGUAGCAAGAGCAUGCUCUUGCCCAAAGAAGCAACCUACUGGAAGGCUGUGCACGGAAUGAUGAGCACGCUGUGAAGCAUUAAUGAAGGCAAGCAGUUUAAGGGAACUUUUUAUAUAAGCUUAAUGUUAAUGCUAUGCUGGAACAGUUAGAAAUGAUAAUGAAUGCAUAUGUAUAGAUGGGAAAAUUUGGAAUUCCAAAACAAAUACAUGUGAUAACCCUUGCUUUAAGUCAUGCAGCACCUGCUCGACUGCUAAUAUGGAUCAAUGCUUAAGCUGUAAUUCAGGGUAUUCAUAUUAUAAUGGCUUUUGUGUGCCAAAUUGUCCUAUUGGAUAUUCUAUAGAUGUGGGGUCCUGUACAACUAAUAAUCCUAGCAUGCUCGUUACCAACUGAGAGUUUACAAAAGCCACAAAUACAGUGGAUGAUGUAAUUAGUAGCUAUCCAAUAUAUAUGGGAGCAUCAGAUUCAUAUUAUCCAACAUAUGACACAAAUGAUCCAUGGAUUCUUCCCUACAGAGGUCUCUAUUUUGGCGGAAAAUCAGUUGCUACUCUAAAUGUUCCAUCAAACUCGCAAGCAACGAGAAUUUCUCUUGGACUUAGCCAUACAAUUGAUAUAUGAACUAUGGUUUACUCAAGUACUUCAAAUGGACAAAUUUUUGGUUUUUAUUUAUUAGACAGUAGCCUUGUAGAAAUUAGCGCUCUACAAUAUAACAGCACUCAUUUCUAUUUUCAUGCUGUUUACACCCUCCAAAAAUUAGAUAAUUCAGGCUGAGAUACACUUACAGCGGAUAGUUCUUAUUAUGCUUAUUCUACAUGGCAAAGAUUAGUAUUAUCUUACUCCUACACUAAUGGAAAAUCUACAGCAAUGCUAUUUGUAAAUACUAAUCUUGAAAAAAGUUUAUCAAUUGACAGCUAUUGCUUUUAUGAUGACUAUAGCUAUAUUGCUUCCUUAGGAAAGACAUCUUCAAACCUAUAUGGCUAUAUUUAUUCUCUUAGACUCUACAAUUAUGCAAUGGAUUCAGUUAGUUCUUGGACUUCAUCGUGUGGUUAUCCAUAUUGUGCAGAUGAUAACUCUAACUCCCCCCAUCCUUGAUUGAACGAUUGACUGUAAAAAUUCCUAAAAAUUUGGGAAAUUAAACCUAUCCUUGAUCGAACAUUUUCAUAUCAUGCAAAUUUUUAUAUAUAUAAAAAUAUAUUAGUUAUCAAAAGCUUGGGAAGAUGUACCUAAUGAAGUUGUUUUCAGAGACUUUGAGACGACAGAAAGUUAUGAAAUCAACCAUCCAAAGUGAUUUAGUCAUCAACCUAGGCUUAAAAACUCAAUAAUCUAAUAAAAUAGAGAUUCUUUAAAAUUUAAAAAAAAAAUGUUUUAAUUCAAUAAGGAACAAACUAAAAUUUAUACAGUUUAAAGGGGUGACUAAUAAAUCAAAAUAUUAAAAAUUGAUAUUUUAUGAAAUUAAUUCAAUUUUUUGCUGUAAAAAUAAUUAUUAAAUACUCUUAACCCUCUUAUUUAAAAGUAAAAAUAAAAAAAAUUAAAUAAUUAUUUUUUUAUUUUAUAUAUAAUUUUUUUUUUUCCCAAAAAAAUUUUUUUUUAACCCCCAUCCUUGAUCGAACGAUGGCGAGCCGUUCGAUCAAGGAUGGAGGGGAGUAAGCUAAUUAAUUGUGUAUAUUUGGGAUACUACGAUGAAUCUUCUAAAACCUGUAAAAGUUGUGACACAAGCUGCACUAAUGGAUGCAUAAGAGGAAAAGUGUCAUGCAGCUUAAACCAAGACCCUCUUUGUGAUACUUAUACUGGAGUAACACCAGAAGAUUGCACUGCAUGCAUAAGUAAUGCUUAUAACGCUCCUCCAUGCAAAUGCAAUAGUGGAUUUGUGUAUGACUCGACGACAGAAACUUGCAUGUGUAAGACAGGCUAUCAAUAUAUGAAUGGCAAUUGUGUAGCUUGUGAAAGAUUUUUGCAGCCCUCUGAACUCACUGGAUAUUUUACUGCUACGUUUGUGAGAAUCGUUGUGGAUCUUGCAAUAUCAGUGAAUACUACAAAUUUGGCUUGUGAAAAAGUAUUUGCUAGUGAUACCAUUGCAAAAUUCGGAAGCGGCUAUGUGUGCUACUUUGAUUCUCAAGCAAAAAAGAUUACUGUGGAUCUUGGUGAUAGAUUUACACUGACUAAUGAAAUAAUCAAAAUUACGAAUGGAGCACUAAAAGGAAUGAACCCACAAUGCGGAUACUUCCCUUAUGAUCUAAGCACAACUUUAACAUACUCUGCUUCUUUACCCUAUCCAUCUGCAAGAAUUGAUGCUCCAGGAGCAGUUCUAUAUAAUUGUCAAGAUUUACACAUUUCAGGAAGUAAGUCAACUGGAGGUGUGAAGUCAAGCCUAUACUAUAAAUGAACAAUAAUAUCAGAUCCUAGCUUGGCAACUUUAUCUAAAUAUAAUACUGCUUUCCAACAAACAACUUCUGAAUUCACUAUAUCCAGAAGUGACUUAUCAAAUUCCGCCAUCACUAUAACGUUGACGGUAAAGAACAAAUUUAAUAAUGAAAAUUCAGCUUCUGUCACUGUAACUUCCAUAAAUGAUGGCUUAUCAGUAAAUUUCGACAAAUCUAUAGACUAUCAAGCUGUGGCUACUGAUUUUAAAGCAUAUGCAAUUGGCUCAAUUUCGUCAUGCAGCUCAUAUAAUAAUUUGAGCCUAAAAUGGAAAUUGGUAAGCACUGAAGGCAAUUUUUCAGCAAUAAAUGAGCAAGCAAUCUGGGGGAGCCAAACAGGGGAUUCUUUAAUCAAUAUUCCACAGAAAAGCAUACCUCCUUAUACAAACGCAACUUUUGCAGUUGAGGCAGCAGAUUCAGCCUUGAGUAUGCAAGGCUCGAAUACGAUCGAUAUUUCUAUAAUUCCAGCUCCUCCUAUAGUAGAAUUUUCUCGAACAAAUGGCAGUGCCGAUAUUGGAAGUUCGCUCUCUAUUAAUGCAAACUCAAGUUAUGACCCUAAUGAAGACAAAACCCUCAAUUUCGAAUGGUCCUGCACUCAAGGAAACUCUGACUGCAGCUCACUUAUUCCAGAUGUGAAGGCAUCAAACCUAAACAUUCCUUCAAAUACACUGCAAACAGGAAAAGAAUAUCAAUUUGAAUUAGCAGCUGUUGCUGAUUUUUCUACACGGAGACAGCUAAGAGAUGAUAGGUUUCUAUCGAGCAGGAGUACUCAGACUAAAGAAAUCGUAACAAUAAGUACAGUGAGCUAUUCUACUCCUACUUUAACAAUUUUAAACCCUCUAACUCAAUCUCAACCAUCAGUUGUUACAGCAAACACAAUGGUGCUAUUUCAAGCCAAGAUAAAUGGAGAUACCCAAAAUCAAUAUACUUAUCAAUGAAGCGUAGACAACACAAAUACUAUUAAAUUUUCAACGCCUCUUACUCAAUUGUUUAUAUCUAUAGAUGAAGGCACGUUAGAAACCAGACACACAUAUACUCUUACUCUAUCUGUUUACGAUGGAACUAAUUAUUCAUAUUUCAACUAUGUUUUUUACGUAAAUUCUCCUCCAUAUUCAGGAACUUUAACAGUGACUCCUACAAGUGGUACAGAACUGGAAACUGUUUUUAAAAUGGAAGCACUUGGGUGGGUUGACGAUGAAAGCAAUCUGCCUAUUUCUUAUUCUUUUGGGUACCUUACUGGAAGCAACGAUGCUUACUUGAAUUUCAAAAACCAAAGCACUACUUAUUUUUCAACCUUCCCAUAUGUUGGCAGUUCUCUCACAGUUUUUGUAGAUGUUUAUGACAGUUUAAGAGCUUCUUCAAGAAAAACUAGCAGCAUUAGCAUUUCAGUCAAUACAAAUUUAGACCAGGAAGGAUUGUUUUCUAAUUAUACAAACUAUGUAAACUCAAUAGCAUCAAAUCCGCAAUCAUAUCCUGGAGUGAUUUCUGCUUUGUGCACAUCGAUACUGAACAGAGAUUAUUGGCUAGCAGGAAAUUUUAAAGUUCCGUCUUCUGCGUCACUUUCUUUUUAUGAAAAUGUUGUUGAGUCAACCCUUAGCUGAACAGAGAAAUUAAUCAAAAAUAGCCAAUUUGAUAGCCAAUCUGUGUCUGUUUUUUCAAAUUUACUAUCAAUGAUAACUUUUAACCCUUAUUUAAAUAGCAGCAAUACUGAAAGCAGGGUUUGUGAAAUGAUUAUUAGUAUCUUUGGCAAUAUCCCUAUCUCUCAAAUGCUGCAAAGGCAGCAGCCAUAUAAGUAUUUCACAGCGACUAGCCAAGCACACUUGUAUAAUUCAACCAGCAUAGUUACAAAUAAAGUAGAUCUAGAAAAUGCUGUUGAAGCACUCAAUAGCAUUGAAAAUCUGGUACUUGCACAAAUGGUUUUAAGUGAAAUCCGCAAUAUAACUGUGAGCAAUCUUGGUAUAACAAUGACUGUGAUGGCUUUAAGCGAUAUGAAUGGAUACACAUUUGUAUCAAGUAAUGGGAAAGCCUCCAUAACUUUUCCAACUGAUUUUUCAACUAAAAUGGCAACAAUUACAGAUGAGGAUUUUGUUAAUCUCGCUCUCUCAGUCUUUGAUUGUCCGAAUAAUCCAAACAAUUUAUCUUCUUCAGUUGUAGAUUUCACUAUGUAUGGCCAUACAUCUAAUCAGGAAAUAACUGCCAAUUUAACAACUUCAAACAUUUUAGUCCAAAUCCCUGUAUGGAACAUAAAAUACUCUAACUAUACGCCUCAAUGUGUAUUUUUAGAUACUAAAACAAUGAACUGGAGCACGGAAGGAUGCACAAGAUAUAAAAUUAACUCAUAUGAUAUCAUUUGCAGCUGCAAUCACUUUACAACUUUCGCAGCACUCAAUGCUGCAAGUUCCACACUUGUAGACUCAAAUAUAGGAGACACUGUAAAUGCUGCUGCCUGGAGCAAGAUAAAUUCGUCGAAUGCGAUUGGCCUUUAUUUCUGUAUUGUUACUUUGGCUGUGUAUGGAAUUUUUGGAUAUUUUGCAUAUAAGAAAGAUAGAAAAGAAGAAUUAGAAGAAGAAAAACUAAGGAGGAAACUGAUGGGAGAUCCUUUAAAACUUGAAAAAAUUUCCACAAGAUGAGGAAAGAAUGAUGGCAUAGAUGAAGCAUUAAAUAAUAAAACUGAGAAAAAGAAAUGUUGGCCUUGUAAAAAAGCUCAGCAAAACAGUAAUUAUGAAGAUGUAUACAGUGCUCCCAAGGAAGUCUUUGUUUACACAUUUCCAUCUGAUAUGAGUGGUGAUGAUACAGUUAAUAAAGAUGAUAAAAAUACUCUAAUAAAGAGAUGGUUUCAAAUCUUGCUAGAAAAACAUGAGCUACUUAAUAUCAUGUUUGCAAAAGUGCCUCAAAGGCCAAGCUUUAGCAGACUUACUUUAUUUUUCUUGGGCCUAUUAGGCCAAAUGUUCUUUAUAGGCAUGUUUUAUCAGGAUACAAAAUCCUCAGAUGAUACCAUUACGACCAAUUCAACAAAUACAACUGAGUCAACUAAUUCAGAUGACAAUUCAAGCUCAGAUUCUCCUAUCGAUUAUAGCUGGUCAGAUUUCUGGAUUAUGGUUUGGUCUUCUUUAUUUAUGAUCGUUAUAACAAUGGUCCUCAAUUAUUUUCUGCAGGAAAAGCUAAUAGAUAUCCAUAUGACUGCUCUCCAGUAUAAAACUGUACUUACUGCCCCCCCCCAUCCUUGAUCGAACGACUCGCCAUCGUUCGAUCAAGGAUGGGGGUUAAAAAAAAUUUUUAUAUAUAAAAUGAAAAAGAUAUAUAUAUAGAUUUUUUUUAUUUACUUUAAAUAAGAGGGUUAAGAGCAUUUAAUAAUUAUUUUUACAGCAAAAAAUUGAAUUAAUUUCAUAAAAAUACCAAUUUUUAAUAUUUUGAUUUAUUAGUUACCCUUUUAAACUGUAUAAAAUUUUUAUUUAAAUUAAAUAUUUUUUAAAAAAUUUAAAGAAUCUCUAUUUUAUUAGAUUAUUGAGCUUUUAAGCCUAUGUUGAUGUCUAAAUCACUUCGGAUGGUUGAUUUCGCAGCUUUCUGUCGCCUCAAAGCUCUGAAAAACAACUUCAUUAGGCACAUCUUCCAAAGCAUUUGAUAACUAAUAUAUUUUUUAUAUAUAUAAAAAUUUGCAUGAUAUGAAAAUGUUCGAUCAAGGAUGGGUUUAAUUUCCCAAAUUUUUAGGAAUUUUUACAGUCAAUCGUUCGAUCAAGGACCGGGGGGGGAGUUAGGAGAAACAAAAUUAAAAGAUGAAUUGGAAUUAUUUUAGCUUGGGGCAUUAUUUUUUAUUUUUGUUGGAGCAUAGCUCUAUAUGCAAUACAAUUUAAGCAGUCAGUCAGCAAAACUUGGGUUUUAAAUACAGGAAUCAGUUAUUCAGUUAAUAUAUUUUUUACUUCAAUAGUCAAAGCAGCAGCGGUUUCUUUUAUAGUGAUGAAAUUGAUGGAUUUCUAUGAAAAAUAUAAAUUAAAGAAAUAUCGAGAAAAUAACGAGCUAGAUAGCGAGGAGGAUACAGCUGAUACACCAAACUCUGCAGGAGAGAGAGGAAGUGCUAGAGAGGUUAAAGAUAGUUAA